AUGGCAGCAGCUUUUAUGGCAGACAUUGCUGAGUUUCAAAUUCAACCAGCAAGCAGGGACCUUCUGCUAUGGGGGCUUGAUACUGGUGGACCAUAUUCCACAAAGGCAACUUAUAGCUUCUUGAAGGAUGGUGACAACCAGGUUACUGAAGAUAGUGACUUCAAGUCAAUCUGGAAUCUCAAAAUUCCACCUAGAGCAAGUGCUUUUUCUUGGAGAUUAUUCAAGAACCGAAUCCCUACCAAGGUUAACUUAAGGAGGAGACAUGUGGAGCUGCCUUCCUAUAACUGCCCGCUGUGCGAUGAGGAGGAGGAAACAGCUGGUCAUAUCCUAUACUCAUGUAUAAAAACUAGGACUCUUUGGUGGGAGACUAUGAGUUGGGUCAAUAGAGUGGGUCCUUUUUCCACUGAGCCUAGAGAUCAUUUUAAGCAAUUCUGA